GGAAUUUCUCCAACUAUUUUAGCGGCCGCCGGCUAGAUGCACGUUCGUGCCCCGCCUGUCAAACCAGAAAAAAAGUCGUCGGAGGACUGCGGUCUGCCAGAAGGCUGACUUACUCACCAGACGAGAAGACAUUGACGACACCACUACCCUAGCAUGGCGGAACGAUCAUCGAAAAAGCAGAAGACUGGCGUGCGUUCCCAGAAGCCUCAAGCAGAAGAACGUAUUGCAGAUCCUCGAUUUGUCAACAUUCAAUCCGAUCCACGAUAUCGUCUACCUGGGAAGAAAAAUAAAGUCAAGGUAGACAAGCGCUUCAGCCGAGCCCUGGAAGAUGAAGACUUCACCAGAAGAGCCAAGGUAGACCGAUACGGUCGGCCGCUGGCAUCUGACGCCGAGAGGAACAGAUUGAAACGCAAAUACGAGUUCGAAGACGAUGAAGACAAGACCGACGAACCUGACGCCGACGAUGAAGUACAACAAGAGUUGAACAAAUUCGAAAAGCCCUUCGACCCCCUUCGAGACACCAGAGAUGACGAGUCUUCGUCCGAAGAGACCACAAGCGAUGAAGAGUCGGAAGAAGAAGAGGCGGAUCUGGAAGAAGAAGUCGGAAUUGGACCAGCCGAGCAAGCGGACGUGCCUACAGGCGAAGUCACCUCUCGCAUCGCCAUUGUAAAUCUGGAUUGGGACAACAUAAAGGCGGCAGAUCUGAUGGCUGUAUUCAAAAGUUUUCUUCCUUCGACAGGGUCAUUGCUCAACGUGGCCAUUUACCCUAGCGAAUUUGGCAAAGAAAGGCUCGAACGCGAAGAACUGGAAGGACCACCAAAGGAGAUUUUCGCCAACGAAGCAAGAGCAGAAGUGGACGAAGAUCCCGAGGAAGAUGAUGAAGAGGAUAUCAAAAAGUCCAUACUUCAGCCAGACGAUGGCGCAGAUUUCGACUCCGCCGCACUGCGCAAGUAUCAACUCGAACGCUUACGCUAUUACUACUGCAUUUUGACGUUCUCGUCUGCGGAUGUGGCAAAGCAUAUCUACGACGCCGUUGAUGGCACCGAGUAUCUUCGUACGGCCAAUUUCUUUGACCUGCGCUUCGUGCCUGACGACACAGAUUUCUCUAGCGACACACCCAAGGAAGAGUGUGAAAGGAUUCCAGACGACUACAAACCGAACAACUUUGUCACCGACGCUCUGCAGCACAGCAAAGUGAAAUUGACCUGGGAUGCCGAGGACGGUAGCCGAAAAGAAGCAGUCGCACGAGCAUUCAAGGGUGGCAGAAAAGAAAUUGACGAGAAUGACGUGAAAGCGUAUCUCGGCUCGGACACCUCAGAUGACGAGGAUGAAGGUGAUGAGAACGAGAAGGGGCCAGCAUCGAAGAAAGAAGAAGAACGCCAGCGCAUGCGGUCCUUACUUGGUCUAGCACCCGAACCUGCAAAGAAGUCGAAGAAGGAAAAAGCACCUGUAGGAGAUAUGCAAGUAACAUUCACGUCCGGAUUGGCAGCAGAGAAGGACGGCAAGAAGAGGCGGUCCGUGUUCGAAAACUCGCCCGAGCCAGACGAGACGACUGUAGAGAAAUACAUCCGCAAAGAGCGGGAGCGCAAGCUGAAGCGCAAAGAGAGGAAGGUGGUCGACGAAGAUCAAGACGAGCAGGAGCCAGAACCCAACGACACAGCAGACAAAGAUGGAGAUGACCUGGGCUUUAACGACCCGUUCUUCGUUGGUGGUGAUGGUGAUGACAGCGACGAUGCAGUCGAACCAUCCGCCAAAGCUGAGCGCGCCGCAAGCAACAAGAUGCGCAAGGAAGAGCGCCUGAAGAAGAAAGCAGAACGCCAAGCCGAGGAGGAAAUCGAGCGCAAGCAGCGUGCGGGACUGGAACUGCUUAUGGCCGAUGACGACGACGCUAACGGCGUCCGACACUUUGAUAUGAAAGAGAUUGAAAAGGCGGAGAAACAGGCGCGAAAGAAGGGAAAGAAGGGCAAGCACGAUAAGAAGAAAGCCACGACUGGUGCGGGAGAAGUGGACGACGAUUUCAAGGUCGAUACGGCAGACCCCAGAUUCGCAAGGUUAUUCGAGAGCCACGAGUAUGCUAUUGAUCCAACGAAUCCGAGGUUCAAGGGAACGAAAGCGAUGAAGACUUUGCUUGAUGAAGGGAGACGCAGGAAGCAUGGCUCCAAUGAAGAGGAUGUGCCGAAUACGGUGGGCAAAGAUAAGGAGAAGACUGCGAGACCAGCCAAGGGUGACGGCGAUGUCAAGAGUCUGGUGGAGAAGAUCAAGAGGCAGACUAAAAAGUAGACUCAAAACCAGCAGGAUCACACAGGACAUAUCUUGUAUGGUUGUGCAAAUGAAGUACGAGCAAAGAAUACAGUGUCCUGUGCCAUCUAGAUUUGGACUUCAAUACUGGACAUGCCUGACACUGAUUAUCGUAAUCCAUCAAUUGGGCAAAGCGCGGCGCUCUC